AUGGGUGCCCAAUUCUCCAAGACUGCUGCAAAAGGAGAAGCCGCCGCGGAAAGGGCCGGGGAGGCGGCUGUGGCCUCAUCGCCUUCCAAAGCCAACGGGCAGGAAAACGGCCACGUGAAGGUGAACGGCUACGCGUCCCCGGCGGCUGCCGAGCUGGGCGCUAAGGAGGAGCUGCAGGCUAACGGUAGCGCCCCAGCCGCCGAAAAGGAGGAGCCCGCGGGUGCUAGCGGGGCAGCGUCGCCUGCCGCGGCCGACAAGGAGGAGGCUGCUGGCGCUGAGGCCGGGGCUGGUCCUGCGGAGAAGGAGUCCACCGCCGAGGGCGAGGCCGCUGAGCCUGGAUCGUCCACCGCCGCGGAGGGGGAAGCCGCGUCGGCUGCCUCCUCGACCCAGUCCAAUCUCUACAAGAAACUGGCAUACAUCCUUACACAGGUCAUCCUGUAG